ACUGAUGAUCUAGUGGAGCAAGCAUAACAUACUUUGCUGCUAUCAAAGAUGACUCUUACCUUGGUUGAAUCCCUUCUUCUGACCCUGAUUAUUUUAGCACUCAUCUACUCUACAUGGAAUUCUUUAUACCGAAGACGUAACUUGCCUCCAGGACCAACACCAUUACCCAUUGUUGGAAAUGUCUUCCACAUUAAGAGAGGAGAGAUGGUCAAAUCAUUGAUGGAGUUUAAAGAGAAAUAUGGCUCAAUAUACACUGUGUAUUUUGGACAUUAUCCUAUAGUUGUCUUGUCUGGUUACGACACUGUCAAAGAAGCAUUAAUUGACCGUGCAGAGGAAUUCGCGGGUCGGGGAAGACUUCCCACCAUUGAUCAAUUUAUGAAAGGAUAUGGGGUCGUUUUUGGCAAUGGGAGUAGAUGGAAGGAUUUGCGCAGAUUUUCCCUUGCAACCCUAAGAAAUUUUGGCAUGGGAAAGAAAUCCAUUGAAGAAAGGAUCCAAGAAGAAGCCCAUUUUCUCAUAGCAGAGAUCAAAUCCCAAAAAGAACAAUUUGUCGACCCGACCAGAUUUCUAGUCCAGUGUGUCUCAAAUGUAAUUUGCUCCAUUGUGUUUGGAAACCGCUUUGAAUACAGUAAUGAUAGCUUCCAGAAGCUCCUGGGCAUGUUUAAUGCUGUAUUUCAGGAUAUGAGCGGUGUGUAUGGACAGUUUCAGGAGAUGCUGCCAGCAGUCAUGAGCUAUAUACCAGGACCGCACCAGAGAAUAAAUAAAAGCAUGGGAAAACUCACCGAUUUCAUCAAGGAACGAGUAGAAAUGAAUAAGGAGUCAUUUGAUCCCAACUCACCCAAGGAUUUCAUUGAUUGCUUCCUCUUAAGACAGCAGCAGGAAAAGGACAAUCCUAACUUUGACAGGGAGAACAUGAUAAUGACCAUAUUCAACAUGUUUUUUGCUGGGACUGAAACACUGAGCAGUACCCUAAGACAUGGACUUAUGAUACUUAUGAGGUACCCUGAAAUACAAGCUAAACUACAUGCGGAAAUAGACCAUGUGAUUGGUGAAAGCCGCAUCCCAAACCUUGAAGACCGCAACAAAAUGCCAUAUAUGGAAGCCGUAAUACACGAGAUCCAGAGAUUCGUUGAUAUUCUCCCACUGAAUCUUCCCCACGCAACAACAAAAGAUGUUGACUUCAAGGGAUACACUAUUCCAAAGGGCACAGAUGUCUAUCCAUUGUUGUGUUCUGUUCUUAAAGACCCUACAAAAAUUCCCUGCCCCGACAAUUUUGAUCCUACCAAUUUCUUAGAUGACAAGGGAUGCUUUAAGAAGAAUGAGACCUUCAUGCCAUUCUCUGCAGGGAAACGGGUAUGUGCCGGAGAAGGUUUGGCCAGGAUGGAGCUGUUUCUUUUCUUUACAACCAUCUUACAGCACUUCAAGUUAACUCCAGAGAGAGAAAUCACGGACAAUGAUAUCAAACCCCUGAUGGCCGGUUUUGCAAAUGUUCCCAAAUUUUAUCGGAUGUCGUUCAUCCCGCGGCUUUAAUUUUGAAUAAAGAUGGCAUGUAGUCUUACUUCAGAUGCAUCAAAUAAGCUUCAGCUGUGUGAUCCUUUCUUUCAGGGGGGCUGGGUCUUGCAAAUCGGGUCGUAGAAAAAAAAAAGACACAAAUCAAGUCUUCUGGAAAUUGUAUGCAAUAACUAAUUCUGUGUAACACGUGUAAUGUAACAUGGGCAAAUGUAUAAUGCAUGUGACCUUGAUUAUUCAGAAAGUCAACAUAUUUAAAGUAAAGCUAAGAAAAUCAUUGUA